UUUCUAUCUUAACAUGGUUUAAAUAUAAAUCUUGUUCUCCAUCUGUUUAUACAGAGCCAUAUGAUAUUUGCUGGCCCUUACACAGCUCACAGACACAUGAAAAUCUCCAACAGUCUCAGCAACUCCAGCACUAUCACUGGCUUCAUCCUUCUGGGGUUCCCUUGCUCCAGGGAGGGGCAGAUCCUUCUCUUUGUGCUCUUCUCUAUUGUCUACCUCCUGACUCUCCUGGGCAAUGGUUCCAUCAUCUGUGCUGUGCGCUGGGAUCAGAGACUCCACACCCCCAUGUACAUCCUGCUCGCCAACUUCUCCUUCUUGGAGAUUUGCUAUGUAACUUCCACUGUCCCCAACAUGUUGGCUAACUUCCUCUCUGAUGCCAAGGUCAUCUCCUUCUCUGGAUGCUUUCUGCAGUUCUACUUUUUCUUCUCCUUGGGUUCUACAGAAUGCUUUUUCUUGGCUAUUAUGGCAUUUGAUCGAUACCUUGCCAUCUGCUGGCCUCUACAUUAUCCCACUCUGAUGACUGGACAUCUCUGCACCAAUCUUGUGGUCAGCUGCUGGGUACUUGGUUUUCUCUGGUUCUUGAUUCCCAUCAUCAUCGUCUCCCAGAUGUCCUUCUGUGGAUCUAGGAUUAUUGACCACUUCCUUUGUGACCCAGGUCCUCUUCUGUCACUCACUUGCAGGAAAGCUCCUAUGGUAGAGCUUAUCUUCUCCAUGUUAAGUCCUCUGCCCCUCAUCAUUCCCUUCCUCUGUAUCAUGUGUUCCUAUGCUCUGGUCCUCCGAGCUGUAUUGAAAGUCCCUUCAGCAGCUGGGAGAAGAAAGGCUUUCUCCACCUGUGGGUCUCAUCUGGCUGUGGUUUCACUGUUCUAUGGCUCAGUACUGGUCAUGUAUGGGAGCCCAACAACUGAGCAUGAAGCUGGAACACAGAAGAUUGUGACUCUGUUUUAUUCUGUUGUGACCCCACUCCUUAACCCUGUGAUAUAUAGUCUUAGGAACAAAGAGAUGAAAAAGGCCCUGGAGAAAUUUCUGGGGAUGUGA